GGUCGUUCUCUCGGUGGCUUCCAGAGCGAAAGAGAGGCUAUAUAAGAAAAAGAUGGGUGUCAGCAGACGAAGGCGGCGGUAGCUUUACCUUUUGCGAGAUUGCCAUGGGAUCAAAUUCCCCAUUGCCAGGUAAUACUCCGCCGCCGAAACCCUGGGAUCGAGCUGGGACUUCACCUGGACCUUCACCUUUCAAACCCCAAUCUUCCGGUGGAACAAGUGAUGUUGUUGAAGCCUCUGGAACUGCAAAACCUGGAGAGAUUGUUCCAAAUAAUGAGAGGAACGCGUUGAACAACAACAUUGUUGGGAGACCUCUACCUCCAAGACCUUGGCAGCAGAACCAUGGAACCAGUUAUGGAGGAUAUGGCUCAGAUAUAAACUAUAAUUCAGGCUAUGGCUCUGGCAUUUACAGUUCAUAUGGGGGACUUGGUGGGUACGGCGGGACUUACAGUAAUAAUAUGUCCUCGGGCUACGGAGGGUUAUAUGGAAAUUCCGGAAUGUAUCCAGGAAGCAUGUAUAACAGUGGGUUUGGGGGGUCCAUUGGCGGUUACGGGAUGGGCAUGGGCAGUCCGUAUGGCACACCAGAUACAAGUAAUCCAUACGGCCCUCCGUCAUCGCCACCAGCCUUUUGGAUAUCCUUUGUUCGAUCGAUGCAAGGUGUAAUCAAUUUCUUUGGCCGAAUCACAAUCCUUAUUGUUCAGAACACGCAGGCCUUUCACAUGUUCAUGUCGGCUCUCCUACAGCUCUUUGAUCGUUCCGGUUUACUAUACGGAGAACUUGCAAGGUUCGUUCUAAGGUUACUAGGGAUCAAAACAAGGCCUCGGAAACACCCCCAACUGGUACCUGGUGCAUCUGCCGGACCUGAUGGGAAUGGGCAGCAGUACGUCGAGGGCCCAAAAGCUGCUACUGGGUCUUGGGACAAUGCGUGGGGAGGUGAUGUUAAGAAAGCCAGUUGCGACGCAGUAAGCUAAUGGCUGUGCAAUGUUAAUCAAAAGCAAUUAGUGAUGUCAAUUUCCAAGAAAUGGUCUACCAGGGCAAGAGGAGCAGUGCAGGACGUCUAUCGUAUGCUUUAUAUUCGCAACCUUUUUGCAGUUUGUUAGCUCAGGACUAAAUUUGCUGUUUGUAUUAGAACAUUUUUUAAAUAAUUUUUGGAUCAGCGCUGGGUUAAAUUUUUGAUUGGCCAA